GGACCGUCGGUUCGUUCGCCGGGUACGUCCCGGCGGGUUCGCCGCCGAUACAGGAACGCGACGGGGUCGGGACUCAGCCACCGGACCUCAAACAAAAAAAAAUUUAAUGCAAAAAUAACCAAUAUAAUUCCCAUUAUUGUUAACGAUCGGAAAGCGAUUGACCGCGAACGUCGUGACGACCCCACCGAUAGUGAUUAUUGCAGUUCGGGCCAACAGAAAUGUCUCAAAGUCACUCGCUUGCCCCUGCGAUAAACUUCCGUUGCGGUCGCAAUUUCGACAGGGCCUCGCUUCUUGUAUUUUUCAUUUUAUAGUUCGUAUGGUAUUGCUCGUCGCCAAACUCGUUUUUUUUUACUCAGUGUCCAGUGUGCUCUAUGUCCUGCUCCCGUCUCGAUCUGUCUUUUAAAAAAAAAUGAACGUAAAGCUCGCUUUCGUGUGCUACAUUGCGCUAUAAUCUCUACUCGUUUUCUAACUUGCUAAUUCAACAAUAUUUUUUUAUUUGAUAACUACAUCAACUUUAAUUUAAUACUUGAUUAAUAAAAUUAAGGCGCUACAUGUUUUGUUUUCGUAGCUACAAACAUAAACACAAACAGAAGUUGUAAGCUGUAUUAGAAUCAACUAACAAAAGGUGCAAUCACAACAAAAUUAUAAACUAAUACCGCGAAUUUCGAUUAAAAAGAAACUUCGCCUGUGCCAUUCCAUCCAUAAAUAAUAAUUUGUUCAUUACAAUCAAAAAGCUGUAGUGUAUUGUUUUUGAAGCAAUUUGUUUUAAAUUAUUUCCAAACGUGUUCGAUUUGAAAACAAAAACGAAUUAACGGUGAUGUACUUAAAUGAUGGGUUGACCCAUUCGGUGUUUUUGUCAUCGUAAGAAGAACAAGUUGAGGACAUAAACUAUCAAGAAAGGUUUCUUUAAAUGUAUCAGUAAUAAUUUGUCGAAUAUGAAAAGUAAUGUUAAAAAUAAAGUGAUGUGUGUUCUACAGUAUAGAUAACAGGUGUAUUAUCGCUUGCGGUUAUCUUAUCUCCGGGGGAAAAGGUACCUCAGGUGAGACGAUCUCACCAGUCGUGGCCCAAACGGCACUCCGAACAAGUCAUGUUGCAUUCUUUGGACACAUUGGCAGGCAAACUGUCUCCCGGCGGAUCUAAUCAAAGCAGUCCGCAGUCAUCUCUUCUUGAUAACAACGCCAACAGGGUUAGACCAUACAACAAACCACAUUCUGGUACAAAUCCUGUGGUAUCAAAUCACACCUUGUUCGGUUGCAGCUCCCUGGCGAUGAACAACAAUAACAACAAUCUGGCGCUAAACAACAACAACCUUAAUACAACUACGACGGCGACGACGACGACGACCGUUUCGACGCAGAUGAAAAACGAAAACGAACUGGACCAACCCGAUCCCGACAACAUCAAAAUGUUUGUCGGCCAGGUGCCGCGGUCGAUGGACGAAGAAGACCUUCGAAAAAUGUUUGAGGAAUUCGGUCGUGUACAUUCCAUUAACGUUCUCCGAGAUAAGGUUACAGGAUCAAGUAAAGGAUGCUGUUUCGUGACCUUCUACACGCGGAAAGCUGCCCUGCAAGCUCAGGACGCGCUUCACAAUGUAAAAACGUUGAACGGGAUGCACCAUCCUAUACAAAUGAAACCUGCAGAUAGUGAAAAUAGAAACGAAAGAAAAUUAUUCGUCGGUAUGUUAAGUAAAAAAUUGGGAGAAAAUGAAGUGCGCAAUUUGUUUCAACCGUAUGGUAAUAUCGAGGAGUGUACCGUGCUGCGAGAUCCUGCGGGUCAGUCAAGGGGUUGUUCCUUCGUUACAUUCGCAACGAAACAAUCGGCGCUUAGUGCCAUAAAGGGUCUGCAUCAGUCUCAAACGAUGGAAGGUUGUUCGGCCCCGCUUGUUGUUAAAUUCGCCGAUACCCAAAAAGAAAAGGAACUGAAGAGGCAACAGCAAAUGCAAGCGAACGUAUGGAACGCGCUCGCAACGAGUCCCCAACUUCAGCAACCUUCACCUACCUACAACCCGGUGCAAAUUCCUAAUGAUACGGCAUCUUUACAAAUUUUACAGGCGAUGGGUAAUUCAGCACUUCUUCAGCAACAAUUGCUGACAGGUCCGGAUAGUCUGCUGGCACCCAUCGGAAUGCAAAACUUGGUAACAUUGGCUGCGAUGUCGCAACCUGCCGCUUCACCACUUUGUAUGGCGAGUCUAUUAGGAAAGAACGCCGCCGUUGAUAGGACGUUAACGGCAGGUCUUCCCCCUGCUUUAACAGCAACUAACGACCUUACGUCAGCGUAUGGAUCGCUUUUUGCAAGCGCUACGUUAAACGCGGCGGCGAUAAACGCUGCCGGAAAACAAAUAGAAGGUCCGGAAGGUUGCAAUUUGUUCAUCUACCACCUACCGCAGGAGUUUACAGACACGGACCUUGCGUCAACGUUCCUGCCAUUCGGCCAAGUGAUCUCCGCAAAGGUGUUCAUAGACAAACAGACGAACCUAUCCAAGUGUUUCGGUUUCGUGUCUUUCGACAACCCGAAUUCCGCGCAAGCGGCCAUCUCGGCUAUGAACGGUUUCCAAAUUGGCACGAAACGGCUGAAGGUGCAGCUGAAACGCGCGAAAGACGCCUCGAGACCAUAUUAGAUACAAUUAUGGAUGCACGGUGGUAGCGUCGCGACGAAGAAGAUGCGACGGCCCAAUUGAAAAACGUAAAUGAAUGAAAAAAAAAUACAAAAAACGUAGACGCGACGUAUUUCCCCCGUUUUGUUAUUAUUUUUUUAAUGAAACGUUAUUUUUCUCCCUAAAAAAUGUUUACCAAAAAUCAAGAAAGUAUUUACCAACUGGUGGCAAAAGGAUGGACCAAAAAAAAAUAAUUAAUUUAAAAAUUAAGAAUCAAUUUACAGGAAGAUUUGAGGAUUCUUCUCUUCACUUUAUUAGUUAUUUUUUUUAAGCAGAAAUUUCUCACCGAAAAGCACUAAGAUAUCCGAGGUUAAGAAUGAAUUAAGUGUGAAGAGAGGGAUGGAACAUUUAAAGGAUAUCUUCUUUUUAGUCGUCUGAAAAAGUGGCGGCGCGUAACACGGACCAGAGAUAGAGAGAGAGAGACACACAGACAACAAGAACUGCAAAAAAGUAAAAUAUACAUAUAAAUAGAGUAAUUUAAUGUGCGCGUGCCACAAUUCUCAGGAUUUUUUAAAAUCACUUUGUGAAAAAAAUUACAAAAAAAUAAUUUGAAAAACAAAACUGUGAGAUAUUUUUACUAAUAGUUAAAAUAAUGCAGUAUGCAUCCUGUAUUAUAUAUACAUAUAAAUAUUCGAAGAGUGGAGUCUAAGAGUAAAUUUCACCAUCGAGAGUGACGGCAACGUUUUGAAUUUAAACCAAAAUCAAAACCAAAUGAAUGUUAGUUAUUUUGUUUUUUUUAAUUAUCUUUGUUUUCAAUGAGGUGUUCGAUUGUUUUCUUUUUCUAUAUUGUUUUCUUUUAUUUAGCUUAUUAUUCGGGUUCCCCAAUACACAUGGUGUUUUUGUUUAAUUUUUCGAUUCCAACUUGUAACGUUGUAAAUUUACUAUUGUUGUGUAUCGUACACAUUGAUUUUUCGCGCGUCAGACAUCCUGUGUUGUCAAUGUUGAGUGACACGUGUUAUAUUUUUUUUCUUUUACUUUCCUUUAUUUUUCUUUUUUCUUUUUUUUUUUUAAUUAGUCGAGUCAUUAUUAUUUCUCUAUUAUACAUAUUAUAUUAUCGUUAAUUUAUCAAGGGCGUAAUUGUACGAUGAAAGAAGUGUACCUUUAUUUUCUAUUGUUAUGAAUUAAAAACCAAAGUUUAGACCUUACACACAAUUUUAAUUUUAUCAAAACAAAUUCUCUUAUUAUUUUUUUUUUAUUUUUUUAUAUCAUUUAUUUAUUUAUCGAAAUUCUUUCUCCUUCCUUUACAAAAAUGUUCACCUUCACCCACCACAAAACUUGUUCCACCACUUGUUUCGACCCCACGUGUUCACUUUUAUAUAUUAAUCGUUUAUUUAUUGUGAUAUAACUGAGAUGUUGUUUAUACAUGUGAUCAAGUGCUAAGUGACUACCCUGUACAGCCAUCUUAUAUUAUAUCGAGUGCGUCAAUAACAACCAGCAGUGCGUCCAGUGUGUUUUGGCUUCUGUCUAUGUCUACUAAUGUACAUGUCGUCAUUUACCAGGGUUGAUCCAAAUGUAGGGAGGAAGAAAUCAAAAUCAAGCAAAUCAAGAUACGGUUUAAAUUAUUUAAAAAAAAAUGUACAAAUUUCGGUUGUAGAUCGAAAAACGUUUUGUACUACUAAGACUGAUUAAAAUAACUCUAUAAAAAAUAAAGAACAUUAAAUUAAA